GAGCAGGCUACGAAGUCAUUGGCCUGCCCAAUUAUGUCGUCUGGCAUAUCGACACAGAAGAAAAGCCGGGGAACGCAUAAAGUAGUGUUACUCAGCUUUUCGAAAAUCAUGCCAAUUUUCUUGUCUAAAAUAUCUGCACUCCUUCGGUCAUUCGAUGUCCGGAUGGGACAGGGGACAUAAUACUUCUACGAGGAUCUCACGACACGCAUACAACAGCUGCAUCAAAAAUAUCAGAUUCGUCAGGCAUGUUGGGCAAAGAGGCGUUGGGGACGGGUAGGGCAUUAAUUCUCACGCCAUUGGCCUCGUUUUCUUUUACUUUUCUCUGGCAUAGCGUUCGAAAGGGAAAUGGAAGUCCGGCUACUCAUACCAGUACACCCACCUCAUCCUUGAGAACCUCGACCUCGAGCUCCCCUCAAGCCCCCACCCUCAAAAUCGACUCUGCCGUCUUGUCACCUACUUCUCACGUCGAUGUUCUUUGCGCCUUACAUAUUCAUUGGUUGGUUGGUUGGUUGAGCUGGAUGGACUUCUAUCUUGUCGUGCUUGGGAAAGGGCACGAUGGCAAUGUUAUGAUCGGGGCGUUGUGAACUUCUGCUAUAAUAGAAUUUGGCUAUUCAUGAUGUCCUGCAUGGAUUUGGAGACAA